AAAAGUGGUGUUGGGCGCAAGCGCGCUGAAUCUUUGAAUGGAUAAAAUUGUUGUUUAAUUAUUCUUUAAUUGUUUAAAAAUUGUUAAGUUGAAUAGUGAUCAAGUUGGAAAAGUGAAAUAUUCGUCUACACGCCGAGAGGAUUCCAUGGUUUCGCCGUGGUAAGUCCAGAAGAAAACUUUGUUUCAUAAACUUUUUGUUUUCUUCCUGCUCUUUCGAUGAAUGAAUCGGAAGAGGGUUUGUUUUGGAUGCACUUUCACUUCGCCUGACAUUUCGUUGCGCUUUUCCCAUUGAUGACGACGAUAAACCACAUGAUUCAGCAGCCAACCAGUCGAUCGGGUUUUUGUGUGCGAUUCGCUGCGUGUUUUAUUUCGAUCAGGUGUGAAUCAGGCUACACGUACGGAAUCAUCAUCCGAUUUGCCAAACGAAACUCCUCCAUUUGGCUGCUUCAGCUCUUCGUGUGCUAGAAGAGGGAGCCCCAAAAUUGAGAACCGAUUCCAUUCAAGAGCGAGUGGCCACAGAGCGGUUCUUCACGAAGAGGUGUUGUAUUACUAUAUCAUCACUACUGGCUAAGCGACUGGCUCAAGAGGCAAGACUCAAGACGAGGCUAUAGGAGCGGAGGAAAACUCGUUUCUCGUUUACGGUCCGUUGUCAGCGAUUUUCACUUUACCUCGGCGCGUGAGUCCAGUUUCGCAGUCAUCGUUCGGAGUUUCGUUCAGUCGGACGUGUUUCGGUUUCGGUUCCCAGACAAGCAGCCUUAGAUUUGGUUCACUCAAAAGGGCCAUUCCUAGACAGUUCCUCCCCCCCAGAAAAGCUCUCUCUGUUCGUGUGACAUAACUGGUUACCCUCGGAAGUACUGGUUCAACGUGUCCGGAAUUAUAUAAUAUAGAAGCACAAGGAGCGGUCAGUUAACGAGUUCACAAAAUCUGACCAAUUGGCCCACUGAAGGAAUAACGGUGCUCUUGAGAGAAAGUGUCUUGAAUGGAAGACGUGGAAGAGUGAAGCAGACGAGAAAAAAAGAAAGUUACACUUUUGGCUGCCCGUUUCAUCUUCUGUCGUGUGGCUUUUGAAGAAGAAAGUUUCGCUUGUUGUAAGUUUACGCUUCGAAGUUGAUUGUGAAUUAACACACGUUACGAUGAGCAGUUGGCCGGAGAAUGUUGGAAUUUUGGCGCUGGAGGUGAUCUUUCCCUCGCAGUAUGUGGACCAGACGGAACUGGAGGUUUACGACGGAGUGUCCGCGGGAAAAUACACGAUCGGACUGGGUCAAAGUCGAAUGGGCUUCUGUUCGGAUCGGGAAGAUGUUAACUCUUUGUGUUUGACCGUCGUGAACAAUUUGUUGGAGCGUCAUAAUAUCCCACACUCGAAAAUCGGAUACCUUGAAGUGGGCACUGAAACCAUCGUCGAUAAGUCCAAGAGUGUUAAAACAGUGUUAAUGCAGUUGUUCAAACCAGCAGGUGUUACCAAUCUAGAAGGUAUCGAUACUACUAAUGCUUGCUACGGUGGAACUGCUGCUUUGUUCCAUGCUUGGAAUUGGGUUGAGUCUUCCAGUUGGGAUGGUCGUUUGGCUCUGGUAGUCUGUGCAGACAUUGCCGUUUAUGCUCAAGGAUCAGCAAGACCAACCGGAGGAGCAGGAGCCAUUGCUAUGCUGGUUGGCCCUAAUGCACCUCUUGUUCUGGAUCGUGGUCUUCGUUCUACUUUUAUGGAUCAUGCCUACGAUUUCUAUAAGCCAGACCUCAGUUCCGAAUAUCCAGUGGUGGAUGGCAAAUUGUCUAUCCAAUGCUAUCUGGGCGCUCUGGAUAACUGUUACCAAUUGUACAGGAAAAAGUACACCCAACAAAACCCCGAUGCCAAUGUGAAUCUGGAUGUGUUUGAUGCCGUUAUUUUCCACUCCCCUUACUGCAAAUUGGUGCAGAAAUCGCUCGCUCGUUUGGGCCUGAACGACUUUGUACUUACGCCAGAAAACGAACGCGCAGCCGCUUAUCCUGGGUUUGAGCAGUUCCAAAACGUGAAAUUAGAGGAAACAUACUUCGACCGAGAUGUGGAGAAAGCCUUCAUGACUCAUUACGCGCCAGUAUUCAAUGCCAAGACGAAGAAAUCUCUCCACUUAGCCAAUCAAGUCGGUAACAUGUACACCCCUUCUGUGUAUAGCGGAUUGGUGUCCCUGCUCGUCAACAGCGAUCUAUCCGAGCUGGCAGGCAAAAGAGUCGGUGUCUUCUCGUACGGAUCCGGCCUUGCCUCAUCGAUGUACUCCAUUUCCAUCACUAGCGAUACCCAAGCCUUGGGUGCCUUCAAAACCCAUCUGAAUUAUGUCCUGCCACUGUUGGAGUCCCGACAAAAGGUUGCCCCCGAAGACUUCACCAAACUGAUGGAAGUUCGCGAAAAGAACAAUCACGCUGCUCCCUACGAACCGUCCGGAAGCGUUGACGUUCUCUUCCCAGGAACCUUCUACCUUCAAUCCGUCGACAAAAUGCAUCGACGUGUGUACGAAAAGGUUCCCCCGAAAUCUACGCAAACAAAUUGUACUUCCUAGUGCCCUUGGUUAAGCUUUUCUAGACGAAGCGUAGAGAACGGAAGGCUGGGUUUUCCUCUCGUUUUGGGCUUAUGAUGUAUGAAAGAAACUGUUAUUUAUUCUUUGUGAAGGUCUAAUCUUACGCCGUGGCUUCAUGUACAAUAAUAGAUAUGACAAAAUGCGUCAGGUGGAGAAGUUUUUUUCUAAGUUUAGCGUCGAAUUAUUAAAUCUCAAUUUAAAGCAAAUUGUUGUCUAUAGCCUUGCUUAUAAAUGUUAUACGUUCAUCUUGCACAUCGUAGACAAUAAAACUACCUGGACAGCCAGUUUAUUCCCCCUCAAUUACUCAAUUCUGCUAGAAGACUGAUAAGUCAUUCAUAGAUUUAAUCUUGAUUUCCUGAAUACUUAAAAUGUAGCUAGUAACUAACUACCAACCGAAUCAACCAAAAAAGCGAAUUCAAGCAACAGGGGCAUCUAUAAAGUACGUACUCUUGUCUCACAAUCCUACAAUAAUAGUGUUAAAACGAACAAAAAACUGAACGGAAGCCGACCUAGCAGUUGGAAGAUAUCUCUUAACAAUUAGAUUUCCGCUAAUUUUCUACGCAUGUGAAAUCAGAAACAAAUAACGAAACUCAAAGUUUAUAUCGAAGAACAAAAAGUUAAUUAUAAAUUUGCAAUAAAGAAAAAGCAUUGUCGUCUUGUAUGGGAUACUUUAUAAAAAAAAA